UACCUCUCGUUUCUUCACCUCUCUCUCUCUCUCUCUCUCCUCGCUCGGCUCCUCCUCCUCAAAUCCCUAAUUCACCUUCGCUUCCUCAAAUCUCAUCUCCUCUCACCCUCACAUGGCUUUGAGCUUCUCCGAUCGAUUCAUCGCCGUGAGCCCCGCCGCGAUCCGCACCGCUGCCGCCGCCGCCGCUCUUUCCCUCUGUAGCUCCGCCGUGUUGUUUCGGAUUCAUCGCCCUAGGUCCUGAUUCGAUCGAGCCCCCUUCGCGCACCUCUCGCCAUGGGUAGGAGUAACAGACGCAAGGGUGCUGCCGAUCAGUUUGAUAGCAGUGAUACUGAAAGCGUGAGCUCUGCUUCGACGGCGUUCUCGGAGGUCACGGUGGCGCACGACACCGAGGUCUUAAACUCGCAGGAUUACGCUCUAGACAAGUUCAUCGAUGCUCUCUACGAGAAGAGGGGAUCGACGCGAGAAACGGCUUUGUCAGGGCUUGUCAAUGCUUUUGAAAGUAAUAUGCUUUCCGCAUUUGUGGAGAACAAGUGUAUUACACUAUUACACCAAUUCCUUAAUUCAAUAAAAAAAGGUUCCACAAAGGAGGCCUGUUUAGCUUCUCGUGCUAUUGGGUUGCUAGCCAUUACUGUCGGCAGCGGAAACAGCUCACAUGAAAUAAUGGAAGAAUCACUUCCACACCUUUCUAAGGUGCUUCUUUCUGGAUCUGAUGCAUCCAAAAUGGCAUCUGUACUAGAUUGUUUAGCUGUUGUUACUUUCGUUGGAGCCAUUGAUCUGGCUGAAACUGAGACUUCCUUGAAGGCCAUAUGGGAAGUGAUUCAUCCCAAACCAGCUUCUAAAGUUGGAGCUCCCAAAAGGCCGCCUGCAGUAUUGGCAGCUGCCCUCUCUGCAUGGUCAUUUCUUGUGACAACUAUCAGUGCUUGGAGAAUCAAUCCUGAUACAUGGAAGGAGCCGGUAUGGUUCCUCUCCACCCUACUGGACGCAGAAGACCGUGCUGUCCGAAUGGCAGCUGGUGAAGCUAUAGCUGUAUGUUUUGAGAUAGGGAUACUAAAUGUGUACUCCAAUGAUGAGAGUGACACCGACAACCUUGAUAUUGGAGAUUCCAAGCGUCGAGAUUUCUUAUAUAUGCAAUCUAUGAAGGCAAAAAUUGCAGAUCGAGCGAAUAAUCUUUCUAUGGAGGCUGGAGGCAAGGGCACUGACAAGAAAAACCUUAAUGAUCAAAGAGACCUGUUUCAAAAAAUUUGGGACUUCAUAAAGAGUGGUGAGAGCCCGGAAGCAUCAGUUAAAAUAUCAAGCAAGCAUGGUGUUUUAAGGGUUUCGUCCUGGACCGAGUUGAUACAGUUGAACUUUCUGAAGCGGUUUCUUGGGAGAGGAUUUCUCAAGCAUGCUCAGGAAAAUGAGCUACUUCAUGAUAUUUUUGACUUUGGUCAAGAUAUAACAGAAAGUCUGUCCACUCAACAGAAGAGGAUCUCUAGUAAGAUCUCUAGUAAAGGACGGACUUUGAAGUUGAACAAGGACCGCAAGAUGGCUCAGGAAAGGAAAGGCGGUAUCUUACUAGCCCAAGAUGGUUAAAUAUUUGUAUGGGCCGAGCACGCACUGCAGAGAGAUGGAUUCCAUUUAUUGUUCGAGAUGAUUAGCUCAUUAAACAGCUCGUCAUCCUUGAAGGAUUGCGAGUAUCCAAACAUCGUGUCUUCCAUUUUCCAGUAUUAUGAUUUUUUACUUCUUGGAGCUACGCAGCACAGUUUAUCUGCACAGUGUUGUCAUGACUCUGCGAAACUCGCUUUAAUCUGGAUGUCUUAUAUUUAUAUUCAAGAAGUAUAGUUAUGCGUUCUCUCGUACUCGUGUAGACGAGUUUUACAUUCUCAAA